AUGGCGACGUUGUGCCGCGCCGCCGCGGGUGCGUGCCACAGCGAGAGAGAGAGAGCAAACCAAGCUUCGUGCUCGUGGUUUUGCGCGCACGUGCCGCGCGUCUGUGCUACGCGUGCGUGUGCGCUGCGCGUGCGUGCCGCGCGUGCGUACUGCGCGUGCGUGCCGCGCGUGCGUGCUGCGCGUGUGUGCUGCGCGUGUGUGCCGCGCGCGGGCUGCGCGUGUGUGCUGCACGUGCGUGCUGCGCGUGUGUGCCGCGUGUGUGCCGCGUGUGCGUGCCGCGCGUGCGUGCUGCGCGUGCGUGCCGCGCGUGCGUGCUGCGCGUACGUGCCCCUUUCUGAAGUCUUCCCGCUUCCCCUCGCUCCCCUGGCUCCCCCCUUACCCCUUUCCCAGCUCUCGAUCUGCCAUUACUCCUCUCUCCUUCCACCGUCUCCCCCCUUUCCCACUCCCCCAUCCCCUCCCCCCCUACCCCUUUCCCGGCUCUCGUUCCGCCAUUACUACCCUCCCCCUCCACCGUCCCCCAACUCCAACCCAUUACCCCUCCUUCCCCCUCCUUUCUCCGUGUCCCCCCCCCUCUCCUCCCCCCCCUGUCCUCCCCCUCCUUUAAACCCAACCCUUUCCCCGCUCCCCCCACCAAACGGGGCGCGCAUCCCCGCAGUCGCCAUGGCGGAGCAGUUGGCGGAAAUAAACCUUUCUUUUUUCCCUUAUUUUGAUUCAGCUUCCUCCCACCCCCUAUCCCCCUACCCCCCCUUCCCCCCUGUCUCCCCCCGUCCCGUCUCCCCCCCUCUCCCCACCAGGCGGGGCGCGCAUCCCAGCGGGCGCCACGGCGGACUUGCUGGUAGAGCUCGCAGCCUCCGCCACCAUGGUCAUCGCGCACCUCAAAGCCCAGCUCUUCCUCCUUUGUUUCUCACACUCCCCUUCCUUCCGUUUCCCCCAGGCGGGGCGCGCAUCCCAGCGGGCGCCACAGCGGAUCUGCUGGUAGAGCUCGCAGCCUCCGCCACCAUGGUCCCUGCCCACAUCGAGGCGCUCGCCCGCGCCGCCAGCUACCCCGGGCCGGCUGCUGCUGCCAACGCCGCGCCUGCUGCUGCCGGCUACCCCGGGCAUGCUGCUGCGGGCUACCCGGCGCCUGCUGCAGCUGCCAACGCCGCGAACACCGCGCCUAUUGCUGGCUACCCCCUACCUGCUGCCACGAACGGCGCUGCGGCUGCGACAAGUGCGGCUGGUGCGACCGCAGCAGCUGGUUUGUCAGCUGAGAUGGAUGAAUUUGCUGCGAUGGUUGCGACGUUGCCUGCCCGCGAGGGAGGAAGAAGCGAGGGAGGAGGGGGAGAGGGAAGAGGGAGAAGAGGGAGAGGAGGGAGAAGAGGGAGAGCAGGGAGAAGAGGGAGAGCAGGGAGAAGAGGGAGAGCAGGGAGAAGAGAGAGAGCAGGGGGAGAGGGAGAGGAGGGAGAAGUGGAAGAGGAGGGAGAAGAGGGGGAGGAGGGAGAGCAGGAUGGGGACGUGGCGGUGGGGUUGGUGGAGGGUGCUGAGCGGGCAGAGGAGGAGACGAGGGCUCACAGGAAUGAGGAGGAAGAGCGAGGCGAGAAGGAGCGCGAGAAGGAGGGUGAAAGUGGAGGAGAGAGGGUGGAGGAGAGCAACAAGGCGGGUGCAUGUGCAGGUGAUGCGACAGGGAUGGGCGGCAGUGCUGAUGUGUUGCCGGAUGGUGAUGAUGAGGCGGAGGCUGCGAGAAGAGUCACGCCGUCCGCCAGGGGGAGUGGUAGGAGGGUGAAGCGGAAGCAGCAGAGGCAAGGGAAUGAGGGAGCGGGUGGUGCUGCUGCUGACGGCAAACGAUCAAAGCGGAGGAGGAUGACAAAACCCGGCGUCCGGCGAGCGCGUACCGACGGACAAUCUGCUGCUGCGCCAGCUCGCCUUUUGGGACUUCUCAACCCCAAAACCCUCAACCUUCAAACCCUUCAGCCCCCCCACUCCCUCUCCCCAUCCUCUCCGCGCAACCGGCAAGCGUGCGCCGAUGGACAAUCUGCUACUGCGCCCACUCGACUUGUGAGACCCGGUGUGCACGUGCCCAUGGACAAGCUCCUGCUGUUCCAGCUCACCGCUCCCCUCUUCGACCCUCUUCGCCUCGCCGCCCUGCAGUCCACGCCUUCGACUGCUCCCGCGGCUGCGCCCGCCGCCACGCCUGCUCCCGCCGUCCCCGAUCAGCCGCGCCUCCCGAUCCUGGAUUACGCCAGUGUUGCUGCUGCUGGCGCACGAGAAGAGGAGAGGAGAGAGGAGGAGAGAGAAGAGGGAGACGAGCGAGAGGACGGAGUAGAAGGAGAGGAAGGAGUAGAGAGAGAGGAAGGAGUAGAAGGAGAGGAAGGAGAGGACGAGGUGGUGGGAUUGGAGGGUACUGAGCACGCAGAGGAGACGAGGGAUCGCAGGGAUGAGGAGGACGAGCAAGGCGAGGAGGACAAGAGUGGAGGAGACAAGGUGGAUGAUUGCAACAAUGCGGGUGUGAGUGCAGGUGAUGGGAAGGACGUGGGCGGCAGUACUGAUGUGCCCCUGGGUGGUGCUGAUGAGGCAGAGGCGAGGAGAAGAGUCAGCGAGACCGCCAGGCAAGAUAAUGAGGACACGGGUGCCGGCGUGCGCGUGCCGACGGACAAUCUACUGCUGCGCCAGCUCGCCUUUUCAGACGUCUCAACCCCUCAACCCCCUACUCCCCCCCUUCCCCCCUCCCUCUGCCCACACACUCCCGGCGUGCGCGUGCCCAUGGAGAAUCCCCUGCUGUUCCAGCUCUCCUCCGGCGUGCGUGUGCCCAUGGACAACCUCCUGCUGUUCCAGCUCUCCGCCACCGCUCCCCUCUUCGACCCUCUCCACCUCGGCGCCCCGCAACCCACACAUUCCGCCGCUCCUGCUCCUGGUCCCGCACCCGCUCCCGUGCCUGCCCUCGCUUCCGCGCCAGCCCCCAUCCCCGCGGCUGCCCCUGCCGCCCCCCAUCAUCCGCGCAUCACGAUUUUCGACCCCCCACCUCCGCGACACCCUCUCGCCGCCGUCACUGCCGCUUUUGCUGCUGGCGCUGCUGCUGCUAAUGCUGGUGCCGCUUCUGGCGCGCGCGCCGCCAACGCCCCCCGCGCGCGCCCUGCGCUCUCAGACGUCUCCCUAGCUUCCACUCUCACCACCGCUUCCCACGCCGCCCCCCUCUCCCCCACUAGCGCGCGCAGAGCCUCCCCUCCCCCCGCUGACUCGCUUCCCCCCCCCACUGGACCCCUACCCCCCGGAGCAGCCGAGGGGCGGCCGCUUUCAGCGGUUGAGAUGGCGAUGAUGCACUUUUGUGAGUAUGAGAGCAAUCGUUUGAUGGAGGAGACACCAGGGAUGCGGCCUGAGCAGGCUUACCGUUUGGCAGAGAGACGGUUUGAUGAGAUGAUGGGGCGGAGUGGGGUGAGAAGGAGGAGACGCGUGGAGGGCGGGUGGCAGGCAGUGUUGGGGACGGUGGGGGAGGAGGUGGGGGAGGUGGUGCAGGGGGAGGAAGUGAGAGAAGAGGGGGAGAGGGAGGAGGUGAGAGGAGAGGAGGUGGGGGAGGCGGAGGGGGAGGGGGAUGGGGAGGGGGAGGGGGAGGGGGAGGGGGAGGGGGAGGGGGAGGGGGAGAGGGAGGGGGAGAGGGAGGGGGAGGGGAAAUGGGAGGAGGUGGAGGGGGAGGGGGAGGGGGAGAGGGAGGGGGAGAGGGAGGGGGAGGGGGAAUGGGAGGAGGUGGAGGGGGAGGGGGAGGGGGAAUGGGAGGAUGAGGAGGGGGAGGGGGAGGAGGGGCAGGAGGAGGAAGAGGAGGAGGAGGAGGAGCAGGAGGAGGAGGGAGGAGGGGAUGGGGGUGAAGAGACGGAGGAGGGGGAGGUUGGAGAGGGGGAGACGGACGAAGAGCAUGAAGAGGGAGAAGACGAGAGCUAG